CGUUUUAAACCCUCGGAGUCCUCGGAGCGGGCUGGCGUGGGAGGUGGAGAAAGGCAGGCGGCAGACCUUGCUGCAGCCGGGCAUGGGGCGGACAACCCGCCUCCAUCAAAGCUUUGGAACCUGCGAGACGCGGAGUUCCUGACAGGAGCAGUUCGGGAAAAGCCGAGAGAACACAGGAAGGUGGACUAGAGGCGCUUCGCGGGUGCCUGGACAACGCCAGCCGCGGCCCCACCUGCGAAGGGGCGGGACCUUACGGCGCUGGACCAAUCAGCACCUACCUGCGCUCACCUGGCCUCCUCCCGCCGGUUCCCGAGAGCUGCGGUGCUCAAACGGGCGCGGAGAGCCUACUGGAGCGCUAGCCCGUGGUAGCGGUAGCUUCUUCACCUCUCUCCAGCCAUGGGGCUCUCUAGUGGAACUCUCGCGUCCCUCCUCCGCCUCUUCCUCCUACUCCAGGCGCAGAUUUGCUGGCUGCCAUGCGCGGCUUCCGAGCCGUGUGGGACGGGCUUCGGGGGAGCUGAAGUGACCUUGGAGGCGGGAGGCGCGGAGCUGGAGCCGAGCCAGGCGCCGGGGAAAGGACUUUUCGUGGGUUGCCCUGGGCAAGAGUUGGCCCCGCUUAGCACUGACGAUGACUUCACUGUGCUGAAUGACAGAACAGCCCAAGAAAGGAAGGCAUUAAAGAUUUCCUCCUCCAAACGUAUCUUACGAAGACGCAAGAGAGAAUGGGUGGUCCCGCCAAUAUCUAUCCCUGAGAAUGGCAAGGGUCCCUUCCCCCAGAGGCUGAAUCAGCUCAAAUCUAAUAAGGAUAGAGGCACCAAGAUUUUCUACAGCAUCACAGGGCCUGGGGCAGACAGCCCCCCUGAGGAUGUCUUUGCCAUAGAGAAAGAAACAGGCUGGUUGCUAUUGAAGGUGCCCCUGGACCGGGAGAAGAUUGCCAAGUAUGAGCUCUUUGGCCAUGCUGUGUCAGAGAAUGGUGCCUCAGUGGAAGAGCCCAUGAACAUCUCCAUCAUUGUGACAGACCAGAAUGACCACAAGCCCAAGUUCACCCAGGAUGUCUUCAGAGGGAGUGUCUUGGAGGGGGUACUACCCGGUACUUCUGUAAUGCAAGUGACAGCCACAGAUGAGGACGAUGCCAUCAACACCUACAAUGGGGUGGUUGCUUACUCCAUCCAUAGCCAGGAGCCAAAGGACCCGCAUGAGCUCAUGUUCACCAUCCACCGGAGCACAGGCACCAUCAGCGUCAUCUCCAGUGGCCUGGACCGGGAGAAAGCCCCCGAAUACACACUGACCAUCCAGGCUACAGACAUGGAUGGGGACGGCUCCACCACCACGGCAGUGGCCAUAGUGGAAAUCCUCGAUGCCAAUGAUAACGCUCCCGUGUUUGAUCCCCAGAAGUACGAGGCCUCUGUGCCUGAGAACGUGGUGGGCCACGAAGUGCAGAGGUUGACAGUGACGGAUGCGGACACCUUCAACUCACCAGCAUGGCGCGCCGUCUACCGCAUCCUGGAAGGUGAUGACGGGGACCAUUUUAACAUCACCACUCACUCUGAGAGUAACCAGGGUAUCCUAACAACGAAGAAGGGCUUGGAUUUUGAAGCCAAAUCCCAGUACACCCUGUACGUUGAAGUGACCAAUGAUGCUGUGUUUGUGGUGAAGCUCCCAACCUCCACAGCCACCGUAGUGGUCCAUGUACAAGAUGUGAAUGAGGCACCUGUGUUCGUCCCACCCUCCAAAGUCAUCGAGGUGCAGGAAGGCAUCUCCAUCGGGGAGCCUGUCUGCACCUACACCGCACAGGACCCUGACCAGGGCAGUCAGAAGAUCAGCUACCACAUCCUGAGAGACCCAGCAGGGUGGCUAGCAAUGGACGCAGACAGUGGGCAGGUCACUGCUGUGGGGGUCUUGGACCGCGAGGAUGAGCAGUUUGUGAAGAACAACAUCUACGAAGUCACCGUCUUGGCCACGGACGAUGGGAACCGUCCCGCCACUGGCACGGGGACCCUCCUGCUAACACUCACGGAUGUCAAUGACCACGGCCCAGUCCCUGAGCCCCGUCAGAUCACCAUCUGCAACCAAAGUCCUGUGCCCCAAGUGCUGAACAUCACGGACAAGGACCUGGCCCCCCACACCGCCCCUUUCCAGGCCCAGCUCACACAUGACUCGGACAUCUACUGGAUGGCAGAGGUCAAUGAGAAAGGAGACACAGUGGCCUUGUCACUGAAGAAGUUCCUGAAGCAAGACACAUAUGACGUGCAUCUUUCUCUGUCUGACCAUGGCAACAAGGAACAGCUGACAGUGAUCAGGGCUACCGUGUGUGACUGCCAUGGCCACGUGAAGAACUGCCCCGAACCCUGGAAGGGGGGUUUCCUCUUGCCCAUCCUGGGGGCCAUCCUGGCUCUGCUGCUUCUCCUGCUGGUUCUUCUCUUACUGGUGAGAAAGAAGCGGAAGGUCAAGGAGCCCCUUCUGCUCCCGGAAGAUGACACCCGUGACAAUGUCUUCUACUAUGGCGAAGAGGGGGGUGGUGAGGAGGACCAGGACUAUGACAUCACCCAACUCCACCGGGGUCUAGAGGCACGGCCCGAGGUGGUUCUCCGAAACGAUGUGGCACCAACCUUCAUCCCCACACCCAUGUACCGCCCACGUCCAGCCAACCCAGAUGAAAUCGGCAACUUCAUCAUCGAGAACUUGAAGGCCGCUAACACGGACCCCACAGCCCCGCCCUAUGACUCGCUGUUGGUGUUCGACUAUGAGGGCAGCGGCUCUGAUGCCGCCUCCCUGAGCUCCCUCACCUCCUCGGCCUCUGACCAGGACCAAGACUAUGACUACCUGAACGAGUGGGGCAGCCGCUUCCGGAAGCUCGCGGACAUGUAUGGUGGUGGCCAGGACGACUAGGCCUCUGGGCCAGCAGGCCACAGCUGCAUCUUUAAGGGGUUGCAUUCCCACCCCACCCCCCAGCCAAGGACCUUGGAGCUAUUGAGAAGUGGCCUUAGCAACCUGAAGGGAAGAGGCCUCGAAUCUGACGAGAGGGGUUGGUUUCGGAGCCUUUCAGAAUGGAGGGCCAUGGGCAGUUUGACUUCUCAGCUUAGGCCCUGGGAGGCUGAAUUUCCGGGACAUUCUUCAUAAAAUGCUCCGCCCUGUGUCCUGGGCCUGGAUGGACCUGACUCCCCCAUGAAAACAUUCUCUCUGGAAUGGACCCUUCUCCUUAGAUAGAGGCCUCUUACGGCAACCUGAAUUUUUUUUUUUUUUUAAAUGCUGUUUUCAAAAAGUUAGAGGCGGGUCCUCAACUGUCCCCUGGAGCCCUCCAGAAGCCCAGGCCAGAGCUGCUCGACUCACGUGCUCUCAUGCACUUCUCUCUGAUCUCUAGGACCAAGGCCUCCUAUUUGAAUAGAUUACUGCGUUUUUAUACUGAGCGCGUCUAGGUUGUCCUUUAUUUUUUAUUUUUUAUUUUCCCUAUGGAGUGCUGUAGAUGAAGGGUGAUGACAAUCGUGUAAAUGUACUAGAACUUUUUUAUUAAAGGAACUUUUCCCAGA